GACAAGGACAUGGCAGACACAGCACCAGCAGAAGGGACUCAUCUCAGAACUACUUGCUGCCAGCUGUUCAAUGCCAGCAUGAGGGAUGAAGCAAGGAGGCUGAGCACUUUCUCACAGUGGCCACGCAGCUCACCAGUGUCUGCCUGGGAUUUGGCCAAGGCUGGCUUUUUCUUUGUGGGUCCAGGAGAUCAAGUACAGUGCUUCAGCUGUGGUGGCAUCCUGAAAGACUGGGAGCCUGGUGAUUGCCCAAUAGUGGAACACCUGAAGUUCUUCCCUUUCUGUAAAUUCAUUUAUCAUGCAGCUGUUUGGAACCAACAGGUUCCUCUUCAGGGAGUGUUUGACAGUGUAGAUGGGCAGUUCCUCAGCCUCUUGCAGAGGAUAGACAGUGAGGAGACAGCCCUGCCCAACCAACCAGAAUACCCAGAAAUGGUAACAGAGGAGAUGAGACUAUCAACAUUUCAGAACUGGCCACAGUAUACUGAGAUGCAUCCUGAGCAACUGGCUAAAGCAGGUUUUUUCUACACAGGCCAAGGUGAUGUGGUGAGGUGUUUUUACUGUGAUGGAGGUAUGAGGAACUGGGCAUUUGGAGAUGACCCUUGGAGGGAACAUGCCAAAUGGUAUCCAAGGUGUGAAUUUUUGUUGCGAUCAAUGGGGAGAGAAUUUGUCAGCAGUGUUCAAGAGUCCUUUGCCAGCACUCCACCUCCAAGAGAUUCCAGGGAUCAGAUGGGACGAGGGUCCUCUGCUUACCAAGAUCUUUUAAGGAACUGGAAGUUGCAGACUCUUCCUUCUCUGGAUCAGUUUUCUGUAGCACAGAAUGUCCUGGAGAUGGGCUUCAACCCUGUCUGGGUUGCUAGCCUGGUAGAGAAUAAAUACAUACUGACUGGGACUUUCUACCUUUCUGAGUCUGAACUGAUUUCUGAUCUGCUUCGGCCAGAAUGGGAAGAGAGCAGCAGUGCAAAGGAAAACAGAGAUGCGGUUCAGAGAGAGACUGAAACAUCAAGUUCAAGAGGAGAAAUGCAACCUGUGCAGCAAAAAGAGGAGUCUCCAUUGAGCACAGAAGAACAGCUCCGACGCUUGCAAGAAGAAAGGAUGUGCAAAGUGUGCAUGGACAGGGAUGUGUCUGUUGUAUUCGUUCCCUGUGGCCAUCUGGUAGCUUGUGGAGAAUGUGCCCUCAACUUGAGAUUGUGUCCUAUCUGCAGAGCAGUCAUCCGAGGAAGUGUGAGGACUUUCAUGUCCUGA